CGGUCUUCCCGCUUCCUGCUACCAAGUGUCAUGGCCACGCGCGUGUUCCGGCGCUUCGCGUCCACUGCGGCCAAAACGGCAGCCGCCAACUCUGGCUUGACCAAGUAUGGUGGCCGCCGCACCGUCACUCUGAUCCCCGGUGAUGGCGUUGGGCCCGAGCUCACCGCUGCCGUUCAGCGCGUCUUCAAGGGCAUGCGUGCGCCCAUUGAUUUUGAGGAGAUUGCCUUCCACGGUACCGAUGACAAUGCGGUUGAGAAGGUGCAAGAGGCCAUCACCUCCCUGCGCCGCAACGGCGUUGGCCUCAAGGGUGUGUUGUCGACGCCUCGUGGUCGUGCCACUCGCAAGUCGUUGAACAUGCAGCUCCGCACUGAGCUGGACCUGUACGCCAACGUCAUCCUCUGCAAGUCCCCCGAGGGCAUGGAUACCCGCCACAAGGGCGUUGAUGUCGUCGUUGUGCGUCAGAACACCGAGGCCGAGUACACUGGUCUUGAGCACGAGAUCUCGCCUGGCGUUGUCGAGAGCCUCAAGGUUAUCUCCCGCGAGGAGUCGAUCCGCAUUGCCAAGUUUGCCUUUGACUAUGCCCAGCGCAACGGUCGCAAGAAAGUGACGGCGGUUCACAAGGCCAACAUUAUGAAGCAGGGUGAUGGUCUCUUCCUCAAGUGCUGCAAGGAAAUUUCUGCCCUGUAUCCCGACAUUGUUUUCGAGCCCAUGAUUGUUGACAAUACCAGCAUGCAGCUUGUCUCCAAGCCUCAGCAGUUUGAUGUCAUGGUCACCCCCAACUUGUAUGGCAACAUUAUUGGCAACAUUGGUGCUGGUCUCGUCGGCGGCGCUGGCAUGGUUGCCGGCUUUAACGUCGGCUAUGACUUUGCCGUCUUUGAGCCCGGAGCACGCCAGGCCGGUGACAUUGUUGCCGGCAAGCCCUCGGUCUCGCCCGUGGGCAUGCUCUCCUCGGCUGCCCUCAUGCUCCAGCACCUGGGUAUGGACACCUAUGCCGCCGCUCUCCAAAAAGCCCUGGACGAGGUCGUCCAGGAGGGUGUCGUUCGCACCAAGGACAUGGGUGGCGACAGCACCACGGAGGAUUUCACGGAUGCCAUCCUCGCCAAGGUCGCCGUUUAAAUUGCGCCCAUGCUUCACCCGGCCUGAGCUAUCGUGUUUCUUUCGGCAUAUUCAACCGCUGUUUUGAUCUCCCUCAUUGAGGCUGGAUCCUUUGACAUUUGCCCGUACUGCUUUUUCGAUUGGAUUCGAAACGCCAUGUGCUCGAGUCUUGCAAUUGCGGCCUCUUGCGCACCACUCCUCUGCUUUUUCCGUCGCCCUUCCUCUGACUUUUUUUUCUCUUCAUUUGACAUGGUCUUCAUCAUGCAUGAUCUUACAGGUGGCCUCAAUCCGUAUGGCGCCCCUGCAAAGUGUUUUUUUUUUCUUUUUGCCUUUGCCUUUUCGUGUUGGCCAUGCCCACCUCUCUUUGCCUUUUUUUUGUUGAGUGUUUUUGCUUGUUCCUUCUUUUUUUUUUUUAGUUGAAUCCAUCCAUAG